GAAACCACCAUAUGCAUUCGCGCCCUCUACAGUGAGAAAACUUUACAUUAUAAAUCGCCGUCAUCAAAUCUUUCAUUUGUGAAUCGGUUUCAUCAUGUCUCACAGGAAAUUUAGCGCCCCUCGACAUGGGUCCAUGGGAUUCUACCCUAAGAAAAGGUCCCAAAGACAUCGUGGUAAGGUCAAGGCCUUCCCAAAGGAUGAUCCUUCCAAACCAGUACAUCUAACUGCAUUCAUGGGCUAUAAGGCUGGUAUGACCCAUGUUCUUCGAGAAGCUGAUCGUCCUGGAUCAAAGAUAAACAAGAAAGAGAUCGUAGAAGCUGUAACCAUUUUGGAAACUCCUCCAAUAGUUAUAGUAGGCGUAGUUGGUUACAUUGAAACUCCUCAUGGACUUCGUGCUUUGGCUACUGUUUGGGCAGAGCAUCUUUCUGAAGAUUGCCGUAGACGCUUCUAUAAGAAUUGGUACAAGAGCAAGAAGAAGGCAUUCACCAAAGCUUCAAAAAAGUGGAAUGAUGAUUUGGGUAAAAAAUCCAUUGAACGUGACUUCAGGAAAAUCGUCAAAUACUGUAAAGUUGUUAGAGUGAUUGCACACACUCAGAUGAAAUUGUUGAAACAACGUCAAAAGAAGGCCCACAUUAUGGAAAUUCAAUUGAAUGGUGGCACAGUUGCUGAUAAAGUAGCCUGGGCUAGGGAACACCUCGAAAAACCAGUUCCUGUGAGCAAUGUAUUUGCCCAAGAUGAAAUGAUUGAUUGCAUUGGUGUUACCAAAGGUCAUGGUUAUAAAGGUGUGACUUCACGUUGGCACACGAAGAAGUUGCCCCGAAAGACGCACAAGGGUCUCCGUAAGGUUGCCUGUAUUGGAGCAUGGCAUCCUUCUAGAGUUUCAUUCACCGUGGCCCGUGCUGGUCAAAAGGGUUACCAUCAUCGUACUGAAAUGAAUAAGAAGAUAUACAGGAUUGGUGCCGGUAUCCAUACGAAAGAUGGAAAGGUCAUCAAGAACAAUGCUUCAACUGAAUACGAUUUGAGUGAAAAGUCCAUCACCCCAAUGGGUGGCUUCCCUCACUACGGUGAAGUCAAUAACGACUUUGUUAUGAUCAAGGGUUGUUGUAUUGGACCCAAGAAGCGAAUUAUAACUCUUAGGAAGUCGCUUCUGGUACACACCAAACGUGUUGCGCUAGAAAAGAUCAACCUAAAGUUCAUCGAUACAUCGUCCAAAUUUGGUCAUGGUAGAUUCCAAACUGCUGCCGAUAAGGCCGCUUUCAUGGGACCUCUCAAGAAAGAUAGAAAAGAAGAAGAAAAAGUUGCUUCAGCACCAGCUGCUGCAUCUAGUUCAUAGGUUGUAAAUACCGGAUUUUAUUGUUCCGACAUGUUGGUGCAAUAAAUAGGAUUUGAAAUA